AUCUUUUGAGUGGGGGACUGUGUGUAACUGGCAUAUCUGCAGGCACUGCAUUCCUACCUCAGACUGAAAAAGAAUUUCAAAGGUUCUGCUGUGUUUUCAAAUGUGGCUAUAAAUUCCUGAGCUUUUGCUUCAAAACUGAAUCAGUUUUAUUGCGAUACUUGGAUUCAGCCGUGUUUUUCUUGAGUGACAAUACAUACUGGUAGAGAACUACAGAAUUCAGGAGGGGAACACUCUGAUUAACGGAAAGCAGAUACCUCAUGGCUACAACUGUGCGAAAAGGAUUCUACAGACAAGAGAUUAAUAAGACUGUGUGGGAGGUUCCAGUUAGGUACAACAGUCUGGAUCCUGUUGGGUCUGGAGCAUAUGGCACUGUCUGUGGUGCUAUAGAUGAGAAGACAAAAGAAAAAGUUGCUAUAAAAAAGCUCUAUCGUCCAUUCCAGUCUCUCAUUCAUGCAAAAAGAGCUUACAGAGAAGUUCGACUACUCAAACACAUUAACCAUGAAAACGUUAUUUGUCUUCUUGAUGUCUUUACUUCAGAUGAAUCCCUGGAAAACUUUCAGAAUUUUUACAUUGUGAUGCCAUUUAUGAAGAUGGACCUUGGUCAGAUUAUGAAGAAACAGACCCUGAGUGAAAAUCUUGUCAUUCACUUCCUGUAUCAGAUCCUCCGUGGCCUUAGGUAUAUCCAUGCUGCUGGUAUUGUACACAGGGAUCUGAAGCCUGGAAACUUGGCUGUAAAUGAAAACUGUGACCUGAAGAUUUUGGAUUUUGGUCUUGCGCGUCACACUGAAAGUGAAAUGACAGGAUAUGUUGUAACAAGGUGGUAUCGAGCACCAGAGAUCAUUCUCAACUGGAUGCACUAUAACCAGACAGUGGAUAUCUGGUCAGUUGGAUGCAUCUUAGCAGAAAUGAUUACUGGAGGAGUGCUCUUCCGUGGAACAGACUAUUUUGACCAGUUGGAUAAAAUUAUGGAUGUCACUGGAACCCCAGAUGCUCAUCUCAUAGAAAAGAUGCAGAGUAAAGAUGCUCAAAAGUACUUGAGACGUCUCCCAGCAAGACCAAAGAAACAUUUCCAGCAGCUUUUUCCCCAAAUGAAGAGUAAAGUGGUUGAUCUACUGGAGAAGAUGUUAGUACUGAACCCAGAUGAGAGGAUAACAGCCGAAGAUGCAUUAAAACAUCCAUAUUUGAAGGAGUACUGGGAAACAGAAAGUGAGCCUGAACCAGAACAAUAUGAUGACACCUUUGAAAACCUAAACCUGGAUAUUGAUGAAUGGAAAAGUCUCAUUCACAUGGAAAUUAUGACAUUUGAUCCCAAGAACCCUCAUCAAAAGGCAACAUAAAGUGAACAGACCUGAAGACUUCAAUGGGAAGAAACACCUCUUUCACUGAAAAUAAC